CGGACUUCAUAACGUGGCAGCUACUGAUUCGCCAAAAAUCAAAUCGUUGUGUGCGGGCUUCCAGCGAGAAACUAUUUGACUUCUCAUCCCCAAACCAAAGAAAAAAAGUCCCCCAAAACCAAGAAAACAGAAAAGCCCAAAGUCACCUCCAACUUUUGCUAUAUCUGUAACUCAUCACUUCAAAUUAAAAAAAAUCUAACCUUUAUUCUCCAUAAUUUGGAUUUGUAGUAGAAGCACUUUUUCUUUUAUCUGUUUUUUUUUAAGUGAUCAAGAAUUUCAACUACAGUAAGCUUCUUCCUAUUUUCAUCACUCAAGUUCUGCUCAAGUUUGUUCUUCUCAUCGUUAAGUUUGACCCCCACAAACGUAUACUCUCUGUUUCUCUGUUAUUUGGCCCUAUUUUUGCCAGCUGAAAUGGAAACAAAACUGAAGGCAGAGAAAAAACAUGGUGGUGAGGCCUUAACUCCUGUUUCUAUGGCUUCUUCAAAUUAUUCAAAAAGGAGAAGCUUCAGUAGACCCUCUUGGCUUCUUUGCACAGUUGCUGAUUUGGAUGAGAAGAUGAAGAAGGUGGCACUGAACAUCCCAGAAAAAGGCAAUGCUGACAGUUUUGCCGAACGUGCUGACGCCUAUUACCAGAAACGGCCACAGCUGUUAGCCUUACUUCAAGAAUUGUACAACAGCUAUGUCUCUUUGGCAGAUCGCUACUGUCAAGCACUUGCCAAGAACCAUGAUCACAAUCGUCGAUAUUCUUCUCCUAUACCAUCGUUAACUUUCAGUGAGAACGAUAACUGUGAUGAGGAAGACAAUGGUGGGGAGAUCAUUGAGUCUGAUGCUGAGAGUUCAUUAUCAUAUCAGCCUCCCUUUCCACCUUCAACACAAGGUAAAUUUGAGGCAGACAUGAUUGUUGCUGACUUGGUGCUCAGAACUGUGGAAUGUGAUUUCGUCUUAGACGAGCUUAAUCAAGUGGAUAAGCAAAACAAUGAGUCAUUAAGGAAGGUAGAGUUGCAGAAAAGCUUACUGGACGUGCUGGAAUCAGAGAGGUUGAUACUGUUAAACGAGAAUGCUAGAUUAGGAUACAAGGUAGCUGCAUUGAUGGAGGAAAACAAAGGGUUAUCUUCGGAAUCUCUGUUCUUGAAGAGGAAGGCUGCUGAGUUAGCAAGGUGCAUAUUAAAAAUGAGGGAGGAUCAUAGGGUUUGCAUGUUAAGUCGAAAGAUUGAGGAUCUUCAAGGGCAAAUAUACGGGCUGGAGAAGAGGAACAAGGAGUAUUAUGAUCAGCUUGUAAAGCAUGAAGAAGAGAAGAAGAGCACGUCCAAAUCGAUGAAGGGUAAAAGAGAAGUUAGUCUAAAGGGUUGCUUUAAAGUUCCUGAAGAUGUUGUUGCUGGGAUUACUAGGAGCUUUAGUUUUGGAAAUCUGAAAAAGGGUGACCAACAGGAAAAUUUCAAAGCUGAAGAUGGGAAGAAAGUUCCUAAGUUGUGGGAUAGGGUCAAGAAGUUUGAUAUCUUCCUUUGUGGACCUAAUUUCAACUCACCCUAUUGCUGAUUAUAGGGAAACAGAAUGUUUACUAGAUUGAAAUUAUAGCUUUACUAGUAUACCGUAAGUUUAGUAGAGACUUAACUCUUGUAUUGUGUAUGUUCUAUUCCAACCUUUUGGCAGGAUACAUGUGACAUCUGAAAAAAA